AUGUCCUUACUCUAUGAAUGCAUUAACACCGUUAUAGCUGUGUUGAUAAGCAUAUCGGCUGGUGGUGACCAUGCAGCCAGUAUACAGCUAUGUGUUCAAAAACUUGGAGUGUUGAUCGAGGAUUCUGAUCAAAAUCUCAAGUAUCUUGGAUUGCUGGCAAUGGGCAAAAUUCUUCAAACCCAUCCAAAGGCUGUUCAGGCUCAUAAAGAUAUAGUCACUGGACUUGUUGUACGGCAUGGUAUCGAAGAAAAAUAUUAUGGAAAUUGUCAAGAAACUCAUGGAGCACGUGGAAUCUGCCGAAGGAUCUCAUUACAGGUUCGAUCCUUGGUUAUAUAG